AGUUUUUAAAUUACUGACUCUCUGUUCUGUAUCUGUUGUACCACGCCGGUGAUUGCUCUGCAUAACAGCAAGUAAAAAAGUUUUUUAUUUUUUAUAAUUUCAUGUAAAUGAACAGUAAAUGGCACGUCUUUUUAUUUUUUAAUUAUUAUGACUAUUUCUUUCCUUCAAAUGGCAAGACGAAAUGCCACGACAUUUUUAAAAAAUUUAUUUUUAAAAUCUUUUUCUGUGAAAGUGGAAACUGACACAUAUUGGAACUUCUGUAGUACACUCCCCACAACUCACAUGGCCGCAUCCUUACAACUUUCAUCAUCUUCCUCCUCUCUCUGAAUCAACCAAAGCAUUCACCACUUCUCUCUCUCUCUCUCUCUCUCUCUCUCUCUCUCUCUCUCUCCAAUCACCAAAACAGUCAGAACCCAUGAAAGCCCAGCAUCCCAAGAUCAAAACCCAGCUCUUCUCUUGCGGGUUCUUCCGCCAUUGCACCCGGACCGUCCUCAGCCCCACAACCCCUCACCCUCCACCUCUCCCCUUCUCAUCCACCGACCCAUUACCACCUUCACUGUCAUUAGAUUCAUCACCUCCCGCUCCAACACAACCCGACCCGCCAACCCACCAUCCCUCCAAGCCUGAAUCCGAGUCCUCUUCCUCCUCAACUUCCCAAAGCUUCACCCAGUGAAAAUUCGCUCUCCCUGAUUCGCCCAUCCUCCCAUACCCACAACCCGAACCUGACCCGAAACCCGAACCCAAAUCAAAACCACCACCACCACCACCCAUCUCUUCCACCAACCUCCAAGAACUCUUCCACGCAGCGGAGCUCCAGCUCAGCGUCGGGUCACACCCGGAGCAGCUGGCGGCUCUCCAACUCUUAGAACGCUCCCUCGUCCCCUACCCACCACCUGACCCGGUUUGCCCACCCGAAUUGAUGCGCGGGUUGGUGCGAAAUUUGAAAAACAAAGCGGGGGCUAAAGCGGCAACGAAAAUUCUGUUAGCCCUCUGCCUGGCGGAGGGCAACCGCCACGUGGCGGUGGACGAGGGUGCGGCGGCCGCCGUGGUAGAGACGGCGCUGGAGCUGGAGGCUGCGUCGGCAGAGCGGGCACUCGCGGCGCUGGAGCUCAUGUGUACUGUGGCGGAGGGGGCCGCGGCGGUGAGGUCCCACGCACUGGCGGUGCCGAUUAUGGUGAUGAUGAUGGGGCGGACAUCGGCGCGGGGGAAGGAGUAUGCUAUCGGCGUGUUGGCGGUGAUUUAUAGCGGUGCGUACGGGGAAGAAGAGGCUGCGGAGGCUGUGGCGGCGGCACCGGCUGAGGAGGUGGCGCGUGCGGUGGAGCUGGCGUUGAAAGGGGAUUGUAGUGGCAGGGGGAGGAGGAAAGGAGCCCAGCUAUUGAAGGCGCUUCAAGACCCCCUUCAAGAGAGGGAGAGUUUAGACCCAAAAUAGUAGAGGAUCAACAAAAUGUGGUUAUUUCUCGUUUUAUUCAUAAUUUAGCCAAAUCCUAUAUGUUGAGUUAUUUCUCGUUGGUUUUUUAUUUUUAAGCUUUUGGAAAUAUUUGUAAACAUCUUCAAGACCCUUAACCCUAGUUCAAAUAUCACAAUUCAGUCGACACAAAAGGCAACACAACAUAUAUACGUUUGUUGCCUUUGGGCCUUGUCUUAACCACAUCCUCUGGAUUUCUAAUAAAUAUACAAGAUAUUUCUU